UUUCAUUCUCUCAUUCAAACCUACCGGCUUCUUCUCAAACUCGCCAAUUUUGCCGUCAGUCAGGGUUUUCCGUUUUCACUCACAGAGAUUGUGCAGCAGCAGCAUGGAAGACGAAAAUCAACCCGAACCCGACUUCUGCACCACAAUUCUCUCACGGUUCAGUACCUCCACCGACCCCCAACACCACCACCUCUGUUCCAUCAUCAGCAACAUAUCUCAAAGCCUUAAACACCUGAACCACCCUCUUACACCUCUCGCAUAUUUGCUCGCAACAUGCACCUCUCUCGAUAAACUCUUAUCUUCCGACCCCAACCCACCACCCCACCACAUACAUCCUCUCAUUACCAUCGUCUGCAUGGUUCUACCCACCAUCUCUCCUGCUGUUAUCCGCAAGCAAAACGACUGCGUUUCCGGUUUACUUACUCGGGUGGUUAUGAUGAUGUCACAUGAUGAUGGUGUUGUAGUUUCUGGGUUGAAGUGCGUUUCGCAUUUGUUGGUUGUUGGUCACCGGACUAGCUGGUCUCAUGUUUCGAAUUGUUUGUUUGGAGUUCUUUUAAGGUUUAUUGCCGAUUCUCGUCUCAAGGUAAGAAAACAAGCACAUCUUUGUCUCCGUGAUGUCAUGCAAGGCUUCCAAGAAACGUCGGUGCUUUCACCUGCCAGUGAAGCCAUUGCAACCACCUUUGAGAAGUUUCUUCAGCUUGCUGGUGGGUUAGAUACAAACCCAAACCCAAACCCUCAAGAAGGUUCUAGAGCUCAGGAGGUCUUAUACGUGUUGGAUUCACUGAAAGAUACUCUCCCACUUGUGUCUCUCAAGUUCUCAACAAGGAUUCUUUAUUACUUCAAAUAUCUUUUAGCACUGCACCAACCUGUAGCCACCCGGCGGAUUACGGAUGCUUUGUAUUUACUUUGUCUCCAACCAACUGUGGAUGUCUCUCCUGAAGCGUUGGUUGAUUUGUUAUGCUCGUUAGCUACGUCGGUUUCUUCAAAUGAGAUGUCUGGUGACAAUUUGAGUUUCGUUGCUAGACUCUUAGAUGCUGGGAUGAAGAAAGUUUGUUCUCUUAACCGUCACGCAUGUGUGGUCAAGCUUCCGGUUGUUUUCAGUGCAUUCAAAGACAUAUUAGCUUCUGAACACGAGGAGCCGUUAUCGGUUGCAAUGGAGGCGUUAAAGAGCUUAAUACAUACGUGCAUUGAUGGGAGCUUGAUCAAGCAGGGCGUGGAUCAGAUUAUGGCAAGUGGGAGUGUGAGAAAAUCUGCGCCAACAAUUAUUGAGAAACUUUGUGCAACUGUUGAAAGUUUACUCGAUUAUCGUUUUGCUGCCGUUUGGGACAUGUCAUUUCAAGUUGUGGCAGCAAUGUUUGAUAAACUCGGCGAGUUCAGCUCAUGCUUCUUAAAAGGCACCCUCAAGAGUUUGGAAGGCAUACAAAAGCUGCCGGAUGACGAUUUCCUCUACAGGAAACAGUUGCAUGAUUGCAUGGGUGUAGCUGUAGUUGCGUUAGGGCCUGAAACAUUCUUAAAGCUUCUACCUUUGAAUGUAGAAGCUAAAGAUCUAUCUGACGUCAAUGUGUGGCUUUUCCCUAUCUUAAAGCAGAAUAUAGUCGGUGCUCGUUUAAGCUUUUUUAAUGAAUCUUUAUUGGACAAUAUUAAAUUCUUGAAGCUGAAAUCUACCAGGAAUCUUGAUGGGCUUGUAUAUUCUAUGUGGUCGUUAUUGCCUUCAUUUUGCAACUAUCCUGUGGAUACUGCCGAGAGUUUUAACGAUUUAGAAAAAGAAUUAUGUCGUUCUCUUCGCGAAGAAUCUGAUUUUCGCGGAGUAAUAUGCUCGAGUCUGCAGAUUCUCGUUCAACAAAAUAGAAGAAUAACGGGAGCGGAAAACGAACCCUAUGGUAAAGUCAGCAUUAGUCAACAGCGAGCCGUUUCCGUUUACACACCAGAAGUUGCUGCUCGUAAUUUGGACGUGUUAAGAUCCUCUGCACGUGAGAUUUUGUCCACACUAUCACGAGUUUUCAUGAAAUCUACCAAAGAUGACGGUGGAUCUUUGCGGAGAACAAUUGGUGAGUUUGCAUCUAUUGCCGACAAAAGUGUAGUCUCAAAGUUAUAUAAGAGCACAAUGGAGAAAUUACUAAAGGUGACACACGAAGCUAGCAAAAUACAGAAUACCAAAGGUUCCAGUUCUAUGGAAAUUGACAACUUGCCAAAUGAAACUUCACCAUCACUAACGCGGGCAAAGCUAUAUGACUUGGCAGCCGCGCUUUUACCAGGCUUUGGUACAAAGGAGGUUGAUCAUUUAUUUGAUGCCGUUGAACUUGCUUUGAAGGAUAGCGAAAGUUUGAUUCAAAAGAAGGCGUACAAAGUUCUCUCAACAAUCCUCGAGCACGAUGACAGUUUCAUAGCAAGAAGAUUUGAAGAGUUGCUUAAACUGAUGUUUGAGGCGAUGCAUUCAUGUCAUUUUUCAGCCAAGCGGCACAGACUUGACUGUUUAUAUUUUUUGAUUGUGCAUGUCUCAAAGGAUGAAUCAGAACAUAUGAAACGUGAAAUUGUUGCUUCUUUGUUGACUGAAAUUUUACUCGGACUUAAAGAGUCUAACAAGAAAACGAGAAAUAGAGCAUAUGAGAUUAUUGUCGAAAUUGGCCAUGCGUGCGUGGAUGAAGACAAAGGUGGAAACAAGGAGAACUUGUAUAACUUUUUCAACAUGGUGGCUGGUGGUCUUGCAGGCGAGUCACCUCACAUGAUCAGCGCAGCGGUGAAGGGCAUGGCUCGUUUGACAUACGAGUUUAACGAUCUUCUAUCGAAUGCGUUUGAUGUUCUCCCAUCCACGUUUCUCCUUCUCCAGAGAAAGAACAGAGAAAUAAAUAAAGCCAGUUUAGGUUUUCUAAAGGUAUUAGUUGCCAAGUCACAAGCUGAAGGGUUGCAAAUCCAUAUGCGGGACAUGGUGGAGGCGUUGCUGAGCUGGCAAAGUAGCAACAAGAAUCAUUUCAAAGCAAAGGUGAAGCAGCUCUUGGAAAUGCUUGUCAAGAAAUGCGGGAUUGAUGCUGUUAAGGAAGCAAUGCCUGAAGAACAUAUGAAGCUGCUCACAAAUAUAAAAAAGAAAAAUGAACGAAAAGAGCGAAAACAUUCUGCUAACACCGAGGAAACAAAAUCUCGUUUAUCAUCAAAAGCAACUACCUCAAGGUUGAGCAGACGGAAUCAUACAAAAAUAUAUUCUGAUUUCGGUGAUGAUGAAGAAACUGAAGAUAUGCUCAACUCCAAAAAGUCUUCAUUCAAGUCCAAGAGAGCAAGGAAGAGGUUGGCAGAAGACAGUUAUGAACAGCUCGAUGACGAACCACUUGACCUGCUUGACCGUGAAAAGACGAGAUUGUCCCUUAGAUCUUUCGACAGUCUGAAAAGGAAGCUAUGGUCUGAUGAUGAGCCAGAGAUAGAUGCUGAUGGAAGGCUGGUCAUUUCCGAGGAGGAAAAAGGUAUUAAAAGAGAGGUUACGACAGGCACGGGGUCAGACUCUGACGUGAGGAGUGUAGCGAUUCGAAAAACAAAAAAACGCAGGAAAACGGUCCAGUCUGGUUGGGCGUAUACGGGGUCAGAAUACUCCAGUAAGAAGGCAGGUGAAGAUUUGAAGAGGAAGGGGAAGUUUGAGCCGUAUGCUUAUUGGCCACUGGACCGCAAGAUGGUUAGCCGAAGACCCGAGCAUCUGGUGGCUGCAAGGAAGGGCAUGUCCAGUGUGGUUAACAUCUAAAGAUAUGUUUUGACAUUUUGAUGCAUUCAGUAGUAAAACAUUUAUAUAAUUGCUUAACUAUGUAAAAAAAAUACAAAAAUAUAAUCACACUUUUAUAUUUAUUUCUUUAAA